AUGUUCAGGGAGCGCUGGCGAGACAGAGCCCCUGUCGCCGAGGUCGGGCAAGAGAGUGCCGCCGCAGCGGCGGCGCCCGCAAGGGCGGUCGACCUAUGUGUUUUCGAAAGUCGCCCGAUCACGGCCUCAUACCGCCAGCGCAACGCUGCGCUGAAGUGGUUGCGCCGUGUGGCCGGAACCGCAGGAGGAGAUGUCGUCUGUGAGGCAACCGUGCAGAUCGGCAAAAUCUGGAAACCUCCUAAGAAGAAAGGACAACUCAACAUGCACCACGACUUCUGGGACGGCGAGGAAGUCCCGUGGAGCUGGCUGGAGAUGUUCGCUCAGAUGGGUCCAGCAACUAAGGCGCAGGGCGACAAACGCGGCGAACACCAGGACAACGACGACUUCGUGGUCUACCGCAAGGACUUGUCGGUUGUCCGCUCCUACCCAAACUGGAAAACCAAGAAAUUCGACCUGCGCGAGGCGGACCCGCACGCAUCUACCGUGCCUCCACCCAGGGAUGGCUGCGGCGGCAGUAAUGGCGCUGGCACGUACAAGUACUACAAGCACGUCGACAGGGCGGGGACUGGCAGGUUCGACAGAGAGCGCGGCAACGGGAUGUCUCCAGGCGACUUGGGCUACCAGUCGUGCCGCAACCAGUGA